ACAGCAACAGCAACAGCAACAGCAGCAGCAACAGCAACAGCAACAGCAACAGCAACAGCAACAGCAAUAGCAAUAGCAAUAGCAACAGCAGCAGCAGCUACUGUUAUUGUAAUAUGA